GCUUAGCAAGCAGGACACUGGCUACCGGCGCUCCCUGCUCCCUUGGUCCAGCCAAGCACUCUGCCGCUGCUAUGGUCUCCACACCGACCGCCUGGUGCUCCAUCGCCCUGGCCCUGCUCUUGGCCCUGCAUGAAGGGAAGGGCCAGGCAGCCGCCACCCUGGAGCAGCCAGCAUCUGCACCCAAGGGCCGAGGCCCCCACCUCCGUUUUCGACGUUGCUCCUGCAACUCCUGGCUUGACAAGGAGUGUGUGUACUUCUGCCACCUGGACAUCAUCUGGGUGAACACUGCAGGACAGACAGCUCCUUACGGCCUGGGAAACCCGCCAAGGCGCCGGCGCCGCUCCCUGCCAGGGCGAUGUGAGUGCUCUACUGCCGGGGACUCUGUUUGUGCCACCUUCUGCCAUCGAAGACCCUGGUCUGAAGCUGUGGUCACCCCAAGCAGCCCGGCUCCCGUAGCUGUGUUCAAAGCUGGCAAGGCAUGGGCCGCUGAGCAAGACCUCCUUCGAAAGCUGAGGGACAUUUCUGCCACCAAGCUCCGCUUUGCCAGGCUACAGCCAGAGAUGACAAGAGAAGCCAGCCCUGCACACUCUAGAAGGAGGAAGAGAUAAUAGCACCAUGAAUUUCAAAACCAUUGAGAAAGAAGCCCGCGUGGAGAUGGGAGGAAAUGGGCAGGUGCUGUGAGACCCUAUGCCUGUCUCCUGGGCCAAGGCCUCAGCCCCAGCUAGCCAGAACUGCCUGAUGGGUUCAGGACAAGAUUUGGCCUCUCUCCCAGCAGCUCUGCGCCCUUACACUGCCAGGGCCACCCUCAGCACCUGAACAGCAGUGCAGCCUCCCAGGGCCGGCUGCUGGCUACAGUCCUGGUUGAAGGAGCUAUGUGAGGCCAAAUGAACAUGCUGACUGUAUCCUGAUAUGUGAGGCCAAAUGAACAUGCUGACUGUAUCCUGAGGAAUGUCCUGUUGGCUGGACUACAAUCCAGGAGCAAGCCCACGGCAGGACACAGCUACCUAGGCCACACCUGGAGACUGGACGGGUCAUCCUGAUGACUGACAUCUUGGCUGGUCCUCUCUGGUUCCCCCACUCUAGAGGUCUUGCAAACUUGUUCUCUAGGGACACUUUUGGGGGCGCAGAGCCUGCUCUGCUUUACUCGUCUGUAUAUAAGUUAUUUGC